AUGAGUAACUGGGCUAGAAGGAUGCAUCGGCGAGCUGCUACAUUGAGCAAUGUGGUUACGUCUUGCGGGCAUCCCAAUUCCCUACCGUAUCCGAGGAGACUGGAAAAAGUAAAGUUUGGUGCACCGCUCCACGAAGUUUGCAAAGAUGAUAUCCCUGGUCCAUUGCUUGUGCUGAUCCUUAAGUUGAACAAGGAGGCUCCUUUGCGACGGGAUGUGUUCCGCGCACCAGGUCACCAGGGUGCCAUGAAGAAACUGAUACAUUUCUUGCAGACAGGCCGACUAGUCAAUGUGGACAAUUAUUCAGUUUACACAAUUGCUAGUGUGCUUAAGAAAUUUCUCAGAAAAAUCCCCGGUGGAGUCUUUGGCCGAGAUGGUGAAAUGCAGUUGUUUGCGGCAGUAGAACUUCCUGAAGAGCAGCAGGUAGACGAAAUACGCAGACUGCUUCUAUCACUGCCGGUGUGCACGCAGAGACUGUUGGUGCUACUCUUCGGCACGUUUCGGGUAAUGGCUUCAAAUGCUGAUAAAGCAGGUACAGGUAUGACAUCCGAGGCUUUGGGUGUGUCGGUUGCCCCAUCAUUUUUCCACUCUUGCGUGUCCGACGGCAAAACAGCAACAAUGGAGGACGUACAGAGAUUCAAGGUUGCCACACGGAUCAUGCGUCAACUGAUCGAGCAGUUCAGCGCUGGAGAUCUUUUUGGUCGCGACAACUAUGAGUACUACGCAAGAGUCACUGGGCGCAUUCUGCGGGUCAAAGACGAGUGGAUAUGUUCGUUUAGAGACCCACCCCCGCCCCGUCACCAUCGCGACCAGGAGGCGUAUGCUAGACAAUUAUCGUUAGAAGCUGAAAAGACUUGGCUGCAAUGUGAAUGUGAUCGUUGGGGGAAUAAAUUUAAUCUAGAAGGUCUUGCCAAAUCUGAGGAGUGCCAGUCGAUGCCAACGUUAGCGGGAGGUGCAGGCGCGGGCGCAGCGGGCGGCGUUCUGGGCAUCAUUCCGGAGCACAGCUUGUUGGACUCCUGCACACGCCUCUCGAUAUCGCUGGAAGAGAGUGUCUUCAAAGUAUCUGUUAGUUCGUCGUCUCAGUCGUCACGCAGCAACUCUAGCCCUCAUAUGACUUUAGAAGAGCUCCGUGCUAUCAACAAAUACGCUGAGAGUACCAAGAGCCUCUCCUAUCUACCCCAGGUGCACGAGCGGCAGCGCGCGCGCAUGCGCACGCGCUCGGAGUGGUUCCUGCAGCCGGCCGCGUCGCUGGACGCCGCGCGCUCGCGCCCCGGUACGCCCGCCGCCUGCUCGGUGGCCGCGCGCCCGCGGCCCGCGCCGCACGCUCCCUGUGCCGCCGAAGCCCGCGAGAGCACGGCUCUCUACGUGCUUGUCGCCUGCCUAGAAUUUUUGUUUUGA